CAGAAGGAUAUGUGACAAAACAACAGUAGUGUUAUGGGGAAAAUCUUCUCUAUUUUCCAGCGUCAGUCUCUGGGGGAACAGCUGGAAGAAACUGAAAAUAAUAUCAAUGCAGUUCGGAAAAACCGAUACCAAAGUCAACAACGUCAGAAAAGAAUUGUUGCUUCAGUAACUCUAUGGACGCUUCUACUGUAUUCACUUUCUGCUGCUUCUGUUUUUGCGUAUUAUUUUCCUUCUUCUUGGAAAAUGCGCGUCGUUUAUGCGCUUCCUCUUUGUUUUGGCCCGGUUUUGGCAUAUGUGUUGCGUAGAAUAAUCAUGCUUUACUUCACCAGCCGAAUCAAGAGCUCUGAUGAAGUGUUACGCAGCUUAAUUGAGAAGAAAAAAGCUCUGCUGGAGCAGGUGAGAGAGAAGGAAAGCUAUAAGAAGGCAAAAGAAAUCCUGGAGAAAUAUGACCCCGAGGUGAUCAAAUUCAAGAAUAUGGCAGAAGAACUCCAACGCCUAAGGUCACAAUCUGCUAACAACGUUAUAGACAACGGUGAACUGAGACGCCGACAGCUGCCUCACAAUGCUUCCCCAAAUGCCGCUCUCACAGUUACCCCAAUGCAUUCGCACCCUAGAGGAGCCCAAUUCAGGAAUAGUCCGGCGACCACGUCUAGUGCCAUGCAUCAACAGAGAAUACCACCCGGGUCCGCAUUGAUAACUCCUCAGAGAUUCCCAAUGCACCCCAUGCCCACUGCUCCUUCAUCGGCUAGAAGCGGUGUAGCGGGAGUGGGAGGGGGAGGGGGAGGGGGAAGAAGGAGUACAUUUGAUAGAGUGAUGGAGUACAUUGUGGGAGAUGGGCCGGAUAACAAGUUUGCCCUCAUCUGCUCCUUCUGUCUCAACCACAAUGGAAUGGCUCUCAAAGAGGAGUUCCAAUAUGUCGCUUUUCGCUGCGGGUAUUGUGGCCAGUCUAAUCCGGCUAAGAAAGAGCGACCGACUGCUCCGAAACUUCCUCUGAACCUCACCUCUUCCCCACGAGCAGCUAGCCAUUCUGCGGAUGCAGUCAACAUAACAAACACUUCUUCGGUGUUCACUAAUCGAGUCAACAAUACAACGGCGGCAUCCGCUUCUACACUGUCACUCGAUAAUAAUGUCACGACCGAGAGUUCGUCCGCUAGGGAAGAUAGGGAAAGUGGAGAGGCUAAUAGAAAUCAAGGUCAUCGAAAAAAUUCAGCGCCUAGUUUGCUCAACUUCACAGCAGAUCAAGGUGAAAAUCGGGUCAUUGAAGACGCCGAUGAAAAUAAUGAAAUUGAAACUGACGACGAGAAUGAGGAUACAGCUGCCAAUGAUGACAAUAGUACCGGGUUAGUCGAGCAGCAAGAAGUCAAAUAUGUCGAUGGUUUUGGGGGCGGGGGCUAUAGAGAUGGGGGCAAGGAGUUCGAUGAGUUCGAAGAAAAAGACGAGUCAAUGGAAUGUGAUGAUAUGGAUAUUGCUGACAGCGAUAAUAGAUAUGGAAGAAGUGGCGAGAAAACCUUAAAUAACGAAACUGCUGAUGAAACAAGCAAUAGUGUCUCAAAUUCACACCAGUCUCGGGAGGAUGAAGCUCUAAGCAGUGAAGGAAGCGUAGAUUCCGUCCAACCUCCUAGCCAAUCAAAUUUGGCUUUGGAUUCAACCAAUCAGAAUAAAGCAGAGAGCGAUCACGUGGCAUCUAAGUUGACGGGAUUUGAACAGACACUUCCCGAUCUACUUCAGUAGUAGUUUUUUUUUAAAUUUUGAAUGUUAACCCGAGUGUUCAAGUUGCUCUAAGAGUUCAUUUCAUUGUUGCGGUUAUGAUGUAGAUUAAUUUAAUUUUUUGACUUUUGU